AAUGAACAAUGCUGAGAUUGCUUUGAGAACAGAAUCAUUGUUUAACUCCAACAUGGACGGAUGCAUCAGUUAUGAUGUGGCAUAUUUACUUGCUUUAUUUCAAAAAGCGUUGUAUUUUUCGGGUCCACUUGAUGAAGACGGCUGCAAAAAGGCAAGGGAAUACUAUCAGGAAGACUACUCAAAAAUGUUUUCCACAUGUGAUCGACAAGUUUACGUUAAUGCGUCAAAAAGCUCAGGCAACUACUUCUUGCACGUAUUAAAAUCUGUCAAACCGGUUUAUUUAAUUGACUACCCAAAUUACGUUGAUACACAUCGUAGAAUGAUAUACGCAUUCAAUGAUCAAGGGUGUAAAUAUAACGGUUUCGUUACAACUAGCUAGGGUAAGUUUCGUUAUGUUUAAGGAUAAAGCAUUUCGUGCGCGAUUGUAC